CUUUAAAGUUAGAAACCAAAGCGAACCGUUCAGUUGGCAUAUCUGUUGGUGUUGGCUGUUGCAAAUUGCAGUAAUACGGUGCGUUUUCAGAACUUCUCAAAGAGCAAAACUGUAGAUAUGAUCAAACGGUGCAAAUUCCCUCUACGAUCGCCGACGAACGGCUCCUUGGAGUAGAAUUUCCCGGCAAUUUUUCUAGGUCUCUCUGAUUCCACACUUGAACUCUCUCCGUUUUCAGAAAUGGAACAAGGUAGGCCGGCUUUCACCGUCGAUCUUCUGGAAAGGUAUGCGGCCAAAGGCAGAGGAGUUAUCAGCUGCAUGGCUGCUGGGAACGAUGUCAUUAUGUUAGGCACCAGCAAAGGUUGGGUCACCCGCUAUGACUUUGGAGUUGGAGAUUCGAUCGACUUUGAUCUUUCUGUGGGUCGGCCUGGAGAACAAUCAAUCCACAGAGUAUUUGUUGAUCCAGGAGGUAGUCAUUGUAUCACGACAAUUGUUGGUACUGGUGGCGCCGAUACUUUUUAUAUGCACGCCAAGUGGUCAAAACCUCGACUUUUAGCCAGAUUGAAAGGUCUUGUUGUAAAUACUGUUGCCUGGAAUAGGCAACAUAUAACUGAAGCUUCUACAAAGGAGGUCAUUCUUGGUACUGACAAUGGACAACUAUUUGAACUUGCGGUGGAUGAAAAGGAAAAAAAGGAAAAGUAUGUAAAGUUUCUUUUCGAAUUAGCAGAACUUCCCGAAGCUUUUAUGGACUUGCAGAUGGAAACAACUAACGUACUAAAUGGAAUGAGAUAUUAUGUAAUGGCCGUUACUCCAACUCGACUGUACUCUUUUACCGGAACAGGAUCGUUGGAGACUGUCUUCUCUACUUAUUUGGAACGUGCAGUGCAUUUCAUGGAACUUCCUGGUGAAAUACCCAAUAGUGAACUGCAUUUCUACAUAAAGCAAAGAAGAGCAAUACAUUUUGCAUGGCUUUCUGGAGCUGGCAUUUAUCAUGGAGAGUUAAAUUUUGGGUCACAACGUAGUUUAUCUAACGGAGACGAAAAUUUUGUUGAAAAUAAGGCUCUCUUGGAUUAUUCAAAGUUGACUGAAAAUUCUGGAACUGUUAAACCUAGUUCCAUGGCAGUGUCCGAAUUUCAUUUCUUGCUUCUAAUUGGUAACAAGGUUAAGGUUGUAAAUAGAAUUAGUGAGCAAAUCAUUGAGGAACUCCAGUUUGAUCAGACAUCAGAGGCAAUCACAAGGGGCAUCCUUGGAUUAUGUAGUGAUGCGACUGCAGGUUUAUUUUAUGCUUAUGACCAAAACUCCAUUUUUCAGGUCUCUGUUAAUGAUGAAGGCAGAGAUAUGUGGAAGGUUUAUCUGGACAUGAAAGAGUACACUGCAGCACUAGCCAACUGCCGUGAUUCUCUUCAGAGAGAUCAAGUCUAUCUGGCUCAGGCUGAAGAUGCAUUAGCAUCGAGGGAUUAUCUCAGAGCAGCAUCUUUCUAUGCUAAAAUCAACUACAUAUUAUCCUUUGAGGAGAUCUCUCUGAAAUUUAUAAGUGCAGGUGAACAAGAUGCUUUGAGAACUUUUCUAUUGCGAAAGCUUGAUAAUCUUACCAAGGAUGAUAAGUGCCAAAUAACAAUGAUUUCCACGUGGGCAACUGAGUUGUAUUUGGACAAGAUAAACCGUCUACUCUUGGAUGAUGACACUGCAUUUGAUGGGCAUAGUACGGAGUACCAAUCAAUCAUCCAAGAAUUUCGUGCUUUUCUUAGUGAUUCCAAAGAUGUAUUGGAUGAAGUUACUACAAUGAAACUCUUAGAAAGUUAUGGUCGGGUUGAGGAAUUAGUGUUUUUUGCCGGUCUAAAGGAGCAGUAUGAAAUUGUCGUCCACCAUUACAUCCAGCAAGGAGAAGCAAAAAAAGCAUUGGAAGUGCUUCAGAAACCUGGAGUACUUGCUGAACUUCAGUACAAGUUUGCUCCAGAGCUCAUCAUGCUUGAUGCAUAUGAAACCGUCGAGUCGUGGAUGAUCACAAACAACCUCAACCCAAGGAAGUUGAUUCCUGCGAUGAUGCGUUACUCAGGGGAACCUCAUGCAAAGAAUGAAACUCAUGAAGUUAUCAAAUAUUUGGAAUACUGUGUUCAUCGAUUACAUAAUGAGGAUCCGGGAGUUCACAACUUGCUGCUGUCUUUGUAUGCCAAGCAGGAAGAUGACAGUGCACUUUUACGAUUCCUGCAAUGCAAGUUUGGGAAAGGGCAGGAAAAUGGCCCGGAGUUCUUCUAUGAUCCAAAAUAUGCUUUGCGUCUUUGUCUCAAGGAAAAGCGAAUGCGAGCCUGUGUUCAUAUAUACAGCAUGAUGGCCAUGCAUGAAGAAGCAGUUGCUCUUGCCCUACAGGUUGAUACUGAGCUUGCUAUGGCUGAAGCUGACAAGGUUGAGGAUGAUGAGGACUUAAGAAAGAAGCUUUGGCUCAUGAUCGCCAAGCAUGUUAUUGAACUGGAAAAGGGAACUAAAAGGGAGAACAUAAGAAAGGCUAUAGCUUUUCUAAAGGAAACUGACGGUCUACUAAAGAUUGAGGAUAUUUUACCCUUUUUUCCAGACUUUGCUCUAAUUGAUGACUUUAAGGAGGCAAUUUGCACAUCAUUAGAAGAUUACAACAAGCAAAUUGAUCAGCUGAAACAGGAGAUGAAUGAUGCAACUCAUGGUGCUGACAAUAUUAGGAAAGAUAUCAAUGCUCUUGCUCAAAGAUACGCUGUAAUUGAUAGAGAUGAAGAUUGUGGGGUAUGUAAGCGUAAAAUAUUAACUGUGGGAAGAGACCUCUGGAUGGCUUCAAGUUACACAUCAGUAGCACAUAUGGCCCCAUUCUAUGUCUUUCCAUGUGGGCAUGGAUUCCAUGCUCAAUGUUUGAUUGCUCAUGUUACACGUUGUACGGAUGAAGCUCAAGCUGAGUAUAUACUGGAUCUGCAAAAACAAAUUACUCUAUUGGGUGGUGAGACAAGGAAGGACUCAAAUGGAAGCUUUGCUGAAGAUUCCAUCUCUAGCAUGACUAUGAGUCCUGCAGAUAAGCUCCGAACACAGUUGGAUGAUGCAAUAGCCGGUGAAUGCCCAUUUUGUGGUGAGUUAAUGAUCCGUGAGAUCUCUUUGCCUUUUAUUUCAUCAGAGGAAGCACAACAGGUUAGUUCAUGGGAAAUUAGACCACAUAACCUUGGAGGACAGCGGAGCUUUUCUUUACCUGCAUGAUUCUUCUUUUUCUUUUUCUCUCUCUCUCUCUCUCUCUCUUUUUUUUUUAAAUCUUUCAGAGUGGACUUCGAUUUCAUAUCCUUUGUGGUGUGUACAUAAGCCUUCCCGUCUGUUAAGUUAUUAAACUUAACAUUUUUCUCUGAAUUGAUUGUAUUGUAGCCUACUAUUCACCUGCGAGUCUUCUAAGUGAAACAAUUGAAUCGGCUGUUAUUAAUGGGUUUAGUUUGAGAUUGGAAAAUUGAGUUUGUACAACUUCUGUGGGGAUUUGUGAAAAAAUGUGGUAGAUGGAUUGUGCAAAUCUAAAUUUAUAUUACCUUUC